GCAUCAUCUCCAAAAUCAACCUUUUGAACCGUCUUUCUUGCCAAUUUUUCUUCAAUUCCUCUGUCCUGUCUGUUCUGUCCAUGAUCUUACAGCGGCUGUGCACGUGUGACGACUGCAGGUCAACGUCUGAAGCAUCUGCUUCAAGGAGCCACACCAACCACGUCUUGGGCGCCGUCUCGAGCUUCGCCUCUUUUGGCUACGCCCCAGUCUGAGUGCGCGUUGCACUUCAGACUGCGAGGAGAGAAGCCACUCUGCUUAUCGCUUCACUCUGCGCGCAGUAAGUGCGCAAAGUGCAACUUCCACCACCUCUGCUUGGGCUCGUCAUCAAGCGGGUACCUCCAACCCCCCAAAACUCUCGGCCUUGGGCUGCCAAGCUUCGAUCCGCUCUCAAUCAGCGCAAUGUCAGCGCGUCUUUCGGCGCAAGCUGGAGGUGCUCAAGGCAGCUCGUCCAAUCGAGGACGGGUAUCGGCAGGACCUUCCAGCGCUCAAGGAGGGUCGAGCGGUAGAUCAGGUGGACCAGCGUCCAAUGCCAACGCAUCAGGUCCCACGAGACCUUCACCUCAUCCCACUGCUCCUAGGAGGGUUGUGCCUCGCACCACCCAGCAGCAACAGCAGCAGCAGCGCGAGAACGCUGCCAAUGCUGGCGCACCUUGGAGAAGCAGCUUAGACCUAGUGUGGUCAUAUUCGCGCUCGCAGGCUUUCUUUGGGGACAACAUUGCCACUGAGCCAUCCUUCGUCGAUCGACGGUGGGCAGGGCCAGCUCUGGGUGCCGAGGGGCAAGACUCUUCAGAAUUGGCAUCUGACACGGGAGACGAGACAUACUCCGACUAUGAAGAAGAGCUGGAAGAUGAAGAUGGCUUAGAAGAAGGGGAAUUCUCUAACGAUGUAGGAGUCACCCUGCCCGGACAGAUGGAAUGGGAAGAACCACUACCACCCAACGCGGUGGGUAGACGGCGCAGUGCAACCCCCAUCGAGGGUCCCGCGGCUAGGCAUGCCAGGAAUUGGAGGCUGAGCAGCUUGGCUAGGGAAGAAGACGAGGACGAGGAAAGAAGUCGGAGCAGAAGUCGUAGUCCCAAGCGCAUUGAAGCAAGCGCACCUCAAAGACGUAGCAGAGUGGGCGGCGGCGGAUCCAGUCGCUUCAGAAACAGCGACUCGAGCCAUUUUACCGAAGCGGAGACGAGCAGCGGUAGCGAGCUUCAGAGCGGCAGAGGUGCUGGCAUGAGAGGAGCACACAGCAGGAGUGCUCAGGCCCAGCAUACAGAGUCCACACCCCUACUGAGCACUAGCCCGACAGAGUCCAUACCGCGCCGUAAAAGCUCGGCACUCUCGGCUGGCGGUGCGAGAAGGACGAGCUAUGCUAGCAAAACGGCCAGUGGUCUUUCGCAUCGAUCUUUUCAGGAAAAUGCGGGAUCGUCAACAUUCUGGCAAUCAUGGUUCAACACUGUCAAUGCGCUGGUUGGUAUUGGUAUUCUAGCGCUUCCACUUGCGCUUUCGUAUGCGGGAUGGAUUCCCGGCAUCAUCUUGUUUUUGCUCUGCGGUCUACUGACCAAUUACACCGGAAAGAUUCUGGCAAACAUCAUGAGUCGGGAUGCGUCGCUCCGGACGUACGCAGACAUCGGAGCGUAUGCAUUUGGUCCCAGCGCUCGAGUCUGGGUCAGCGGCUUCUUUUGCCUGGAGCUGUGGGCCGUUGGCACCGCUCUCGUAAUCCUUUUUGGCGAUAGCACAUAUGCACUCGUACAGGCCUCAGCGAAAGGCCACAGGGUUGAUAGUCCAGCUGCGAAUGCCGAGCUGUUGUACGCGCUUGGCGGGAUUUCAACUUGGUCACCCACUGCAUUCAAAGCGCUAGGCUUGGCCAUUGCUUUGCCUACCGUCUUUCUUCCUCUACGCUUGUUGAGCCCGAUCAGCGUUGUUGGCAUUGUCAGCAUUUUGACUCUCUUUGCCGUUGUUCUCUCGGACGGGCUCAUCAAGAAGGAGAGACCUGGUUCUUUGUGGGAUCCAGCAGUCACCUCUCUGUGGCCAGAGUGGUCCAGACUGCCCCUCAGCUUUGGGCUGAUCAUGAGCGGCUUUUCAGCCCAUCCCAUCAUACCCUCCAUCAGCAAAGACAUGAAGGACCCUGCUGUGUUUGGCAAAAUGCUCGACUUGGCUUACAUUGCUGCCACCCUGAUCUACCUGGCGAUGGGCAUUGUCGGAUACCUCCUUUUUGGCCACGAAGUCAGCUCGGAGAUCACUCAAGACUUAUCCCGUACAGCGGGCUACCCGCGCGUUCUCAAUAAGAUAGCCAUAUGGAUGAUGGUAGUCUCCGCGCUCUCUAAAUUCGCUCUCGCUGUCCGCCCACUCAACACCACUGUCGAGUUACUGGCUGGCGUGGAGCAAAGCCUAUGUCUGCCGCUCAAGAGCCCUUCUGGCACCAGCAAGCGCCGGGCUUCUGCUGCGAAGCUGGACGGUGAGCGCGGUAGGGCAGGUUUACGUGCCCAUUCGCAAUUCGGCCACGGCGGAGACGAUAUCGAGCCCCGCCUCGACAUUAGCAAAGCGGAGCCUCCCGCUGCUGCCAAGGCUACGAGUUUGGGUGCAAAUAUAGCUGCGGAAGACCCUGACUCGGGAUCCAUCACUCCCAUUGCGGAUCCAGAGACGGGGACCACCCUACCGCAUCCGAGCUCUGACAAUCCUCUCGCUGGUAGCGCGAUAAGUCUUCGAGCUGCUAGGACCACUUCGACAUGGACGCCUCGUACCCGCGCCUUGCUGAGGGCGAGCCUCAGGGUGGGUGUAGCUCUCCUUGUCGGCCUGACCGCCAUCUUGCUUCCAGGCUUCGAAAAAGUCAUGGCUUUUCUUGGUGCCUUCUUGGCUUUCUCUACCUGUGUCUUUGGACCCGUGCUGGCUAACAUGAAAGUUAAUUUCUCGAGCAUGUCUCGCAGACGGAUCAUCUUCGACAUCUUUAUCCUUGCAAUUUCCCUCGUGCUCGCCGUCACGGGCACCGUUUGGGCUUUCUUGCCCGUAGCCACCAAGUCACACUUUGCCAUUUGAGUGCGGCGUCUUUGCCUCUUCCUCACCCCACGCCAAGGUCCUCACCGCUCGUUGUGACGUGGCGAAGCUCCCUUCACGUUUUCAUGGUCUGCUUCAAAGCAGCCUUCCCAACUCUUGUUCAACAUUAUAUUGUCACCUUCAUCCAGCACGCGCUCGCAUCAACUAUCCAUUUCAUGGUAUGAUGGCACGACGUCACAACCUACGCAAUGAAUCUCCC